AUGCAACUGGCCAAGUGGGUUGACAAUGACAUCCAGACGUUGAUAUUAUUUCAGGGUAAUCCAUUCCCCAGCUUGGAAACGUUAACGUUGUACUUGAACACGGAGAUUUGGUACGAAGCGCAUGAUCCACUCCCAGCAGAGUUGUUUAUCAAUCUAAAAGCGAUUCAAUUUUCUUGUGCACACCCCCAGUCAUUUCAUUUCCUCCAAAAAUUACAUAAUCUUGAAAAGCUCGAUGUUCGUGGUGUUCCUUGGAAAGAAAUAUUUGUGUAUGAAGGAACUAGUAGCGGGGAAAUAGAUGCAGUUGGGACGACCCUCCCACACAUAAAGAAUUUGUCUCUCACAAAAAUGGAGGAGCUGAUGCAUCUGGGGAAUGAUAACUCCGAAUUAAUUUUUCCAAACUUGGAAGUUCUUAAUGUGUACGAUUGUGGCAGAUUAAAGAAUCUAACUUCAUCCACAAUAUCCUUUCACAAUCUAACGACUUUAGACGUGGGUGGCUGUAUGGGACUGAAAUACUUAGUAACUUACUCGGUAGCUAAAUGUUUACACCAACUCAAAACCUUGCAAGUUUGGUCUUGUGAAAGCAUCACAGAAAUAGUAGCAAUCAACGGAGAUGAAGAAGAUUCUGGAAAUUAUUACGAGAUUGCUUUCAGUUCCUUGCAACAUUUGGAACUUUAUGAUCUACCAAGUCUGCGAGGCUUUUGCUCAUCAGGAAAUUGCACUGUCAGAGUCCCAUCCUUAAACUCUUUAGAUGUCUCCGGUUGCCGGAUUGAGUUGAAGAUUUCCCCUGACGGGUCACUGAUCCAAAGUGGUUCAAGACCAGAAAGACAACAAAUAACAGAGGAAGUGGAAGAAGAAGAAGAUGAUGCCAAUGAAACGGGGGGAAAGCAGCUGAUUGCCCAUACAAAUUAGUGCUGGAAGACUCCAUAUUCCAUAGUUUGAACUACAUCAAUUCCUAAUUAGUUUCACUCUGUUCCUGCCCUUUCCGCCAUUGCCGAUCUGAUUAAUGUUAAUUGUUCGAUACAAGCUUGCAAGCUGCCGCCUCAAGGCACAAGCCCAAGAAUUUGGAAAUGGUUGUGUGAUUUGUGUUGGCAUUUAGAGGCAUUCCAGUUCCUGUUGUGUUAUGCUUGUGUUUCCAAUGCCAUGUCUAUAACUGCUUUGUGAUAGAAGUGUGUUUUAUAUCGGAGCUCUGCUGGUUUUGGGACCUCUCUAGUCUCUACUUUUGGCUUUAGAGAUUUGUUUGUCUCUCAGCUCUGCUAUUGUGCUGGUUGCAAAUGGAGGCUUCAUCUGUGAACUCUUUUGUUGAAUGUUUUUUUCCUGCUGUGUUCAGUUGCACCAAGUGCUUGGGAAAUGCUUACUCUGUGAUUUGUGCAAUUCAAUAAAUUGUAAUUAAAUUCAUAAAUCUUGGUAUUUCUUCCAGUACUCUGCUUUUUUACAUGUCUCUUUUGUUGAACCCUCAAACUCAUGAAGUUUAUCUCAACGACAUUUUCU